CGCAGGAUCUCCAUCGAAAUCCUUCCUGGUGAUGGAUCCGCAUGGCUGGUUGGUACUUCACCGGACAAACCAAGCUCUCCAUUCCUUUUCGUGGAUCAGAAUCUUGGGGUACCACAGAAAUUCUUGUACGAGGCCUAUCUUUUCAGUUUGGAGGUUUUCAAGCCUGCGAGGAAACUCUUACAGAAAUCGAAAGCACCAUCACCCAUAUGCAUUCAACAGCUCAUAGCGUCCACAGCGGUGAUUCUCCUUGCGAAUCCAGCACAUCAGACUGCUCUUAAUACCAGAAAACGCCUGAUCCAGAGCAACAUUCUGGACAUCGAAGAGGAAUUAGCAUACACUGCUGCGUUACUAUCUUCUCAGCAUUGUGCAAAAGAAUCUACACUAUGGCACCACAGACGGUGGCUGUUUUGUCGUCUUUACACUUUGGACGAUGAACCGAUACCCGUGGCGAGCGGUGAAGUGCUUUCCACGGAGACUCAUCACCAAGCUAUCAUUCCUCUGGACAAACUCGAGUUUGAUUUGAAACUCUGCAGUCGAGCAUGUGAACUUUACUCCCGCAACUAUUUUGCUUGGGCACAUCGCCGCUUUUGCAUAAAUCAAGUUACUAUAGUCUUAAAUUCCGUACUGUCGAAGAAUAACGUAGCCGCGUCUGAAAACCUGGAGAUGGUUGCUGCUGAAAUCUCAAACGUGAAGCGGUGGAUCGAUCAGCAUAUUUCGGACUAUAGCGCUGUUCAUUAUCUUGCCACACUUACCCGUCACCUGCACUCUCUCAUGGCCCGAAUAUCACCCCCCAGCGUCACAUAUAUGCAGCAGGCUUUACCUCCUGAGCUACUUUCGCUGUCAAAUCACGCGGUUUCAUUGGUGAAGGCGUUCCCUGACCACGAAAGUCUCUGGCUUUACCUUCGUGCCGUUACACAACCGUUUACUGGCAACCCCGAUGAAGAGACUAUGAUUGGGACAUUAAUCCGUGACUUCGUAAAUCCGCUGGCACUUUCAACCUCAGAUCUGGCAUUGCAUGCCACUUGUACACGAGCAUCGUCUCAGUCUGCCUAUCGCUAUCUAGCCUGGUGCUCUUUUGUAUGCAUUUUCUUAGUGUUCCCAAGUGACGCCCUAUGA